AUGCCGUCGCAACAUCACACUGGAGGAUGUACGGAGGAUUGUUUGAUUGAUUAUGGCUCAAAUAAGAUCUGUAUCGAUUUUGUUGAGAAGACCAAGGCUCGUAAACUCACAAACACCGAUAUCUUGAAGAAAGACUUCCUAUCACGGACCCAAUCCUUCCUCGACGAGUCGAACAAAGCUCAAACCGCCCUUCCCACACCGCCAUCUUCAUUCAUCGAGCCCUUGUCCAAAGACGAAGGCACUGAGGUCAGUCCCAAUGUCGAGGAUAAGGAGACCAACUCUAAGGAAGAUGGGGAUAGGCUCAGAACCGAGGAGGAUGAGGCCAAGUCCGAAAUAAAAGAAGAGGGAGAAGAGAGCGAAGAAGGUGAAGAGGGAAACGCCACUCCGGCCCCUCUCGCCCCAGUCCUCACAAUUCCUCUGGCAAAGAUACAUGCCCAUCACAGAGCCAAAACAAUAUCAAAGGUUCUUCACUCAAAGGGUCAACAGCGCCUUGACGAUCUUCUGAAGCGCAGUAAACCCGCACUCUUAUCAUCCCCCGUCAAAGCCAAAACUGUCGGUGCACCUGUCGUCCGUGGCGACUCCCUACUCUCACGUAUUCGUGCCAAAGCUGAAGCCGCUGCUCUUGAGGCAGCCAAAGCACCUUCAAAGGAGGAGCAGGAGCGUGAUGCAGCCCGUCAACGUAUUCCUGACAUUGAGCCAAUUCUAAAGGGGCUUGCUGGCAGAGGAAGCAAUAUGACAAUGAAGUCGGUAGUGGAGGGAAUCAGAGAAAGCGUUAGGAAUCCCGUUAGUUCUGAGCAGGCGGAGAUGGCAGUUAGGCUUAUCGCGGAGAGGGAAGGAGUAGAUGGUUGGGUGAAGGUUCGACAAGCAGGAAAGGUUGUUGGGGUGGUAUUUGGGAAGAGGAGGGAAGAUGGAGAGUUUCUGUAA